AGCGGGAGGAAGAAGUCGAAAAGCUUCCAAGAAUGCGCCCAGGGUCGCGAGUGGUCGCGCUGGUGCCAUGUGGCUCGAGCGCCAACGAAUCACGCUUCAGAUUCCAACGGGCGUUAAUUGAGCAAACUAAGUUGCGGUAUCAGGGGGAGGCUCGCUCGAGUCGAGUCGCGCGUGAGCAAUUCUACUGUCCACGGGCUCUCCUCUUUACAAUCUUGCCCUGGUUAUUCCACUGUUACCCUGGUUGUCUUUCUUUCCUUCUUUCCCUUUUGCUUGGUUGGUUUCACGUAUCUUCGACAACAGUCCUUACAGGCCGCCGAGCGAGUCAAGCGCAUGAUUGGAAAAUAGAAACAAUCAAAAGUUAUACGACGUCCAUGCCAUCCUAGAUCCUCGUAUCCACUCCACAACAUCAGCAUUCGACAACAACAUGAUGCACGCUCCGAAUCGCAGUCGCGACGACACUCUGUCUGGUCGCGGCUACCAAGGCCCUCCGCUAGGCAAUGAUCCAUACGCUGCCGCUGCCAGCAGAACUGCCGUCCCUAUUCAAAACUCACCACCACUCUCACAAGGCUCGACCGACAACAGCCUCUCCAGUCGCGCUCGCUCUCAGCGCUCGCCGAGCGCAACCAACAGCCACAUCUCCUCGUCGAGCUCCGUCAGCGGCGCCGGGUUUUACUCCCCUGCCAAUAGCGAGUUCAGACAAUCCGUCAAGUCGACCAGCCAGGAAGCAGCAUUGACUCACCACUACAAUGUUCUGAAAGUCUACCUUGCGCGAUACCUCCGAGACGAGCAGGGGAACACGCGCCCUACGCGAGCAAGGGACAAGCUGCUUCGUCUGUCGCCUACACAGUUCAAUGAAUUGAGUACCGACGUGUUUGACGAGUUGCAAAGGCGUGAGGACGACCGCCGACGACCGGGUGGCAUUGUACCCCCAUCUCUUCCACCUAGAAAUAUCUUCCACCCUAAGCGCAACCAGGCACGCCAGAAGCUGUCAACUCUUCCUCCCGAACGAUUCAGACAACUUGCGACCGAUGUCUUUUUCGAACUUGAGCGCAGAAUGCCGGGACUUGUAGGUGCCGACGGGGACAGACCCGGCAGCCCAACAGGUAGUGUAGCGAGCAGAGGCAGUGCCAGAACGUCAAGCCGACAGGGCCCUCCAUACGCCAUGCGCCGUCCGUCAGGCCAACAGAACGGUAUGCGUGGACCUCCCCCACCUGGAACCAGACCUGGCCCGCCCAGCAAUGGCCCUUACUCGCCAUAUUCGCCAUCUGAUGAGGGCAUGCCUCCUCCGCGCACCGAUUCUCGUGGCGGGCCCAUAAGCCCCAAUAGCAGUUUUGGAAGACCGCUUCCACAGACCUUCCAAAGCAACACGAUGGUUCCCAACAAAAGCACCAUGGUUGAAGACGACGAGACCGACGAAGACGACGAUGAGACAUAUGGCUUGAAUGGGCAAGUGUCGGGUACCAGCGAGAAGGAUGCCGAAACAAUGAGAGCCUUCGAGGUUCAGGUAUCGGAACUUGAGGCCAAGAUCUUAGACCUGCAAGCGACCUUACACAAUAAGGAUGCGGAGAUCGAAUCACACAAACAGGAUCACAGCAAGGCCAGAGACGAGUGGCUACAAACAAAAGAAGAGCUCGAUACCAAACUUGGCGACUCGCAAAAGACGCUGGAUACAUUACACGCCGACUUCGAGCACUCCAGAGCAGACAGAGAUCAGUCUGAAUCUGACUUGCGUGCUCGCACCGAACAAGCCGUUUCCGAUCUGCAUCUUGAGCUGGACGAGUUCCGGAGAGAAAACGACAUGCUUCGCGCCAACGCAGCGUCAUCAAGAUCGCUCGAGCAGGACGGCAAUUGGCAGCAUCGCUACGAAGAACUGGAGCAAGAGCUUGUGCAACAACAAAAGAUUACAGAUGAGGUACGACAUAACGCCGAAACCCACCUGCAAGAGAUGCGUCUGCUCUUAGAACAGAAUGAGACGGCCCUUGGAAAAGAGGAACAACUACAGUCUCGAAUCGCAUCACUAGAAGCAGAGAACGAGCAAUGGAAGAUUCGCUAUGCCAAGACUAGAACACAGUUGAGGACGUUCAAAGCAUCUUCGAUUGGCCUUUCGCUGGAGCACAUGGCUCCUGGGGCACUGUCAUCUAAGCAUGAGCACCUCAAGCCGAAUGGACUCGUCAAAGACUUGGACGUGACGAACUUCCAGAUUUCAAUUGACGAGCUGUUACAAGCAGCCCGCGAAGCGUCAUCUGCUCCGCACUCGGCGCUCGAAAAGGCCAAGGACGUCGUCCAGAGCGUGCGCAACAUGACAUCCAACAUCGAGGGGUCUUUCUCAAAUGUUGGCUCUCCACACUCCUCAACAACUCACCUUUCUCAGACCACGGUGGGCCCGACUCCGACUGCUCUCAAGAUUCGUGUUUCUCGCGAUGCCAACAACCUUGUCACGGUGACUCGCAACCACGCAGCGGCCAACGGAUUGGCUCCGGUAUCGCUUGUCGACGCUGCCGCGAGCAACUUGACCACGUCCGUGGUCGAGUUGGUCAAAGUCGUUGGUAUCCGCGGCACUCAGGACCAAGAUGACGAUGAUUCAUCUCUCGACGGUGACGAUAUGGAGAUUGAGGAGAUUGCACCGCUGUCGAUGUCAGGCAAUAAGCCAGUACUUGUCAAGGCACCAGUCCCGCCUCAGAAGCAACAGGUGGGCACUGGAUGGUUUUCGAUGCUUAAGGGAGGCAAGAGCGAGCACAGCGAUGAUGAAGAUGAAUACGACUACAGCUAGAGAGCAGAAGUGCAUACUAGACGCAUAUUCCGCAGGAUACGAGCAUAACACAGGCGCUGGGAAUACGGAUCGACGAACACAUGGUAUUGAGUAAUGUUUUCUUUCUUUCUCUCAUUCUGCCAGGUCAGAGGACGACUGGAUUGGAUUGUUCUUAGUUCAGUUCUUGGUGGGGCGAAAUUAGGGCAUUGGGCUUUUGGACACGCAAGCCUGUUCUUACAAUCCACUUUUUGGAAAGAAUCCACAUUACUUUUAUUCGCAUCAAGUUUCAAGUUCGAGAGGUGCAGGUGGUCAAAAACAAGGGAGACUUGGUACGAGAUUAUCUUCUCCAGACCAUCUUAUCCAUCUUAUCUGAUGCAGGGCGGGCCGAAGGAGCCACA